CCAUCGGCGCUACCACUUGCGUUCCGCCCAGUAAUGCUGGAACUUUCUACUGGCAUAUUUCUGCCAUCAUUUCUUUAUUUUGCACGGCGGAUUCCCAAACCGCAGACGGCGUGUUUGUAAGUUUCUCCUGGUAUAAUUUUCAUGUGGUGUCGAGCUUGGUAAAGGUCCGCAGAAACAAGUGCCGAGCUUCUUUGCCACAACUAUGAAGCAGAGGACAACCUACUACAAGCUUAUGUUCAAGAAAGCCCAGAAAUGACAAGCAUCGAACACGCAUUCCAAACAAACCAACACAUUCCGCAUUCCGCCAAGCUUGCCCAGAUGGCCCUUGAGCCCACAGUCGAAACCUCUUAGGCCGCCUGGAACAUCGCGUGCGACGUCUCGAGGAAUACAGAAGAAGAAGCUACCGAACCCAUUUUAGGGUUGGUGGACCAAGCCGCUAAGCCGGCAAACAAGGCAGUCAAUGAUGCCACAAUAAUGGCCGAAAAAUUCGGCGAAAGGAUUCCCGAUGUCGCAGUCCAGACAGCUCAGGAACUACGCCACAUCAUUUGUUGUACUCGCAGUGGCAGAUUGAGGUUGCUGCACCAGCUGUUUGCGCCCCCAGCACUGGGCGCGGUUGGCCUGAGCGGUUGCCACACAGCCGAACGAGAGGCAAAACUUUCAAAGAAGCUUAACAGAGCAAUAAGUGGUUUUAUCUUGCGGCUCGCCAAUUGGCAACUCCAUAUAGAUUAAACUUUCCGCCAUCCUGUCGACUGAAUAAAGUUCGGCGGUCCGAUCGACGAAGGGCGGUCUCUACAUUCAACUUUAUCAUUCAUAUACAGCUCACAAAAACUGACAGUCUCACAUUGGAGGACGAAUGCUGACAUUACGCAAGCUUUGCAUCUCUAAUGACCUUACAACACUCAUAUGAACACAACGGAGCACAUGCCAUCAUUUGGAACCCCAUCUUUUCUGUUGAGAACAGAAGUCAACCCAACAAAUCCUUUAAAAUAAAUGGUGGAAAAUCCAACAAACAUAAAAUUAAACAAGGUGCGAAAAAUGUGGCUACUACGACAGUAGUAUUUAUAAAAAUGGUAUCGCAGACACAGCUACAUCUGUAUAAAGAUUUCAACACCUACCAACAGCAUAAAAUUCCAUCCUUGAUAAAUUCGGAAAAAGCCCAUACAAAAAUCAAACUUUUGAGAAAUUUCUGAGCCAUUUCUCUGAAAGCAUUGCAAUGCCUAAAGAAAAGCCUAUACCCAUGACCAAGGAUGCGGCCUCUCGCAUACAGUCUGCCAACGACAAGCAUUUUAACGAGACUGGCAACAGGAGCAGCUUUGCGGCUCGUGCCCAGUCCGCAGCUGAUAAAAACGCCAAUGUUGCUGCCUCCAGCAACAACAAUACACAAGCCGAGAGAACAAAGAAGUAGGCCUUGCCGUCCGCCAAAACUAGCUAUCAGUGGUACCUGCUGCGCUUGGGGGAGUUUAACUUGAAGACGGCAGUACUUGGCUUUUAUGCACGGGGGCUACAACUGUAAAGGGGAUAUAUGUAUAACUUUCAAGAUAAAAGCUAUUUACAGGAAUAGCAUACUACUGUGCACAAAAUGAGAUAUUGGAUUAGUGGACGCUGUGGUGGGGAAAACGGGAGUUUGACAGACGAUACAGCCAAAUUUACGCAACAUGAUUCGGCCGAGUCAGUAAUUCUUGCCACCGCUAAAAGCUGUCAGUUCUCCCAGCCGAAAGAAAUAAAACUAAAAUACCGGAAAAUUAAAGCACCACCAAGUAGUCAGACCAUUCGAGUUUUAUCAACAGC